CUUUAAUAUCAACAAAUAUAAGAAAACAUGGUCUCAAAGAGCUCAACCACCAAUGGCCUCAUCAUCAUCUUCCUCGUCGUUAGCAUCGCUGAAGCUGACCUCUUCAUGUCGCCUUCACCGGCUACGACCAAUGGCUUCGGUACGUGCCCUAGAGAUCCCUUGCAACUAGGUGUAUGUGCUAAUGUCGCUGGCCUAGCAAAUCUUACAGCUGGCGACCCGAGGGCACGAACGUGUUGCAGUGCCAUCAAUGGCCUUGCGAACGUCCAAGUAGCCGAUUGCCUCUGCUUUGUCUUCAGGCCACUUCCUUUGAUUUUCGGUAUCGAUAAGGCCGUUAGAGAAAUAUUUUUUGCUUGUAAUAUGGUUUUUCCUAUCGGUUUUCAGUGUCCCCCAUCACCACCACCAACAGUAAGUAGUCCUUAAUAUCUCCUCAUAAGAACCUUAUCCAUGCGCCACGCCCACCAGUAUGUUUGCUUAUUCAUACAGUGUUGAUGUGUGUUUUGUUGUUAAACAGGACGUAAUAAGGAAUAUUACAUGUCGUUAUGUGUACGAAGAAUAAUAAUUGAAUAAAGUGUAUUACUUUUGUCUU